CCUCUCUUUCUUUCCUUCUCUCUCACUCAUCAUUUGCUGCUCUCUCUCUCUCUCUCUAAAAACCCACACUUUCUCUCUCUAAAAGUACCACUGUAGAGAGAGAAUCACCCACAUUCCUCUCCUCACAAGGAACACACAACACAGGUGUGAAGUUUUGAGUAACCUGUUUGUAUGCCCACAAGGUGUUUGUGAAAAUGUCUGACUGAAAUUUUCGGUAAAGUUUGGUGGUAAUUAAGUACUGUGCAGUGAGGGUUUAGAUUAUUGUUAUCAUUGUACACAAAUUUCACAACAGAUUUGAUAGUUUUCUGUAAGUUAAAUUGGGAUAGAACCAUAGGUAACUUUUGAUGUCUGGAGCUCCAAGAGUUAAGUCUAUGCAUGUAACCGAGUCGAAAACAAGAUCGAUACUCGGGCUGACCGGAAACAAGGAUCUGGGACCUAUAAGCACUCAAAAACCCGUGUCGAAAACGUCAAAAAAGAUUGAUAUGUCACCGGAGAAAGGAUCUAUAGGUGGGAAGAACCAAGGGGUUGCCGCAUCAUCGCCUCCUUUUCGGUCCGCUGGUGUUCCUUCGAUAUUACGCAGACAGGUGUCGCUUAAUGCUUCGUGUUCUUCGGAUGCUUCGACCGAUUCGUUUCAAAGUCGGGCGUCUACUGGUAGGAUUUAUAGGACUAGUAGUAAUGCUAGAGGUAGGAGACAAUUGGCUUCGAAAACGAAGAUCGUUGUUGUUGAUAGUGGUUCAGAAAGUUCUUCACCUGAUGAUUUACUAACCAAGAAAAGGUGUGCUUGGGUAACAUCAUGUUCAGAUCAAUCAUACGCGGUAUUCCACGAUGAAGAAUGGGGAGUUCCGGUCCAUGAUGACAAAAAAUUAUUUGAGUUGCUUGUGCUUUCGGGGGCUUUAUCAGAACUUACAUGGCCUGCGAUCCUCAACAAACGGCACCUUUUUAGGGAAGUUUUUGCUGAUUUUGAUCCUACGGUUGUCGAAAAGUUCAAUGAGAAGAAGCUAGUGGGACCCGGGAGUGCUGCAAGCUCUCUACUUUCUGAGCUUAAACUGCGGGCCAUAGUCGAAAAUGCUCGCCAAAUGUCUAAGGUCAUAAAUGAAUUCGGGUCAUUCGACAAAUACAUCUGGAGCUUUGUGAACUAUAAACCUAUCAUUAGUAGAUUCCGAUACCCUCGUCAGAUUCCCGUGAAAACACCGAAAGCUGACGUAAUAAGCAAAGAUCUCAUAAGGAGAGGGUUUCGUUGCGUGGGUCCCACAGUCAUCUAUUCGUUCAUGCAGGUGGCGGGUAUCACUAAUGAUCAUCUGUGUACUUGCUUCAGAUUUCAGGAAUGCACGGCGAUUGCCGAGUCAGAAGAAGUUAAAGUCAAAGAAGAUGAACAGAAAACCGACAAAGGGAUUGAAUCAUGCAUAUGUAAUGGUAUCGAAGAUUUGAAUUUCGCUUCUGGGUAACAAUUAACAAAGGUUGUAGUUAUGCUACAUUUGAAGUAGUUAUGUAUGAUGAUCCGAAAACACUCAUAUUUGUAGAUUUAUGAUUAUCAAAACUGAAUUUCUAAAGACAUGACUGUUCAUUAUGGUUAACAAGUUUGUAUAGUUGGAAAAA